AUGUCUUCUCCAUUUGAUCGCCGACCGUUACCGGACUAUUUGUUCUCCUCUCCUUUAACUGUGCUGCUCUAUCCCAUCCAUCAUCUCCUCCUCCGACUGCGCGGCCCUCCACGCCUACCCUCGCCCGAUGCGCACCCCAUCCGCGUUGUCUGUAUCUCCGACACCCACACACUAGAAUGGGACGAUGUCCCGGACGGCGAUCUGCUUAUCCACGCAGGCGACCUCUGCAAUGACGGAAGCAUCCGUGAAAUCCAAGCCGCAGUCGACUGGCUCCAGACGCUGCCUCACCCCCACAAAGUAGUCAUCUGCGGCAACCACGACAGCUACUUCGACAUUCGCUCCAGACGAGACGAAGACCGCGACGCUUCCUCCUCGUCCUUCGCAGCCAUCUCCUCCUCCACCGCCUCCAUCCGCUCCAUCGACGACGACCCAGACGGCCUCAACCGCAUCAAUUGGGGCGACAUCCACUACCUUCAACACUCCUCCAUCACCCUCUCCUUCCCCGCGCCGUCCCCAGCCCACUCCGCUGCCCGCCCGCGCUCCCUAACCAUCUACGGCGCACCCCAAAUCCCCGCCAUCGUCCCCUUCACCUCCGAGCACGCCUUCACGUACCACCCACAACACGAUGCCUGGUCCGGCACCAUCCCCCCGGACACUGACAUUCUGAUCACACACACCCCGCCACAGGCGCACCUGGACUUAUCCCCCGUCUACUCCACAGGCUGUCCGUUCCUCCUCGCCGAAACGUGGCGCGUCCGCCCCGCGCUGCACGUCUUCGGGCACGUCCAUGAAGCAUACGGCAGCGAGCCGGUCUACUGGGACGAGGCGCAGAAGGCGUGGGAGCGGCUGUGUGCGGCGCGGCGGCCGCGUGCCAGAUACGGUCGUUUGAUGUCCGUCUUUGGGUUCCUGCGGGACUUGUUUGAUGUUCAUGGCUGGCUGGAUGCGGCGCGGGUCGUCGCGUAUGGUGUACUUGGGGUUGUGUGGGCGAAGGUCUGGGGUGGUGAGAAUCGGGGCUGUGGGUGGAUGGUGAAUGCGGCUUGUAUGUAUAGGAAUACAGGGCGGUUGGGGAAUAAACCGCAGGUUGUGGUGUUGUAA